AUGAGUUGCAGAGAAGCGGCGACUGUCAAUGAAAUUGGCGAUGGGAUACGCCGAUUUUACAGUAGGCAGUCCUACUGGUCUGCUCAAAACGCGGUUCGUGACAAAAUUUCGGAGAGUCACCGGAGGUUUUUUCGUUCGAUGACCACGACCCAACUAUUCUGCGCAGUGGGUUCUGCCGGAGAAGACGGUGUGACGGUUGAUUGUGCCGGAGAAGGUGUUGGUGAGACGGGAUCUGAAGGUGAUGGUAAAACGGGAUCGGAAGAUGCAGACACCAAAGAUGAUUCUGACUGUUCGAUGGAUGGACCAGAAGACAGAGUUGGGCCAAUUUCAGGGUUCAAGAGAACUUGUGGUUGUUCAAAAGUAACUGGGCCAGGCCCAACAGAUUUGCUGUUGGAUGGUAAAAAGAGAUCUUCCUCAAGGAAUGGGCUUGGUUGA